AUGUUUGAUCACGGGCCUGAAUACAAAGCUCGGCAAGUGCUGGAGAAGCCGUUUGUGCCCCCGACCAUCACUCUCAAGGACGUCCACGAUGCGGUCCCAAAGCACCUACUGCGCAAGAACCCGUGGCUGUCAUCUUACUACUGUAUCCGCGACGUAGUGUGCUGUGCCGCCAUAUUCUAUUAUGGCUUCUCGAUCGAGCACAUCCUCGCGGGUAACUUCGGUGGCUUCGUACCCUUGUCCGCUGCGUGGCAAAUCCGCGUUGCCCGGGCCGCGCUCUGGCUAGUGUAUUGGUGGUUCCAGGGUCUUUCCUUCGCGGGCUUCUUCUGUAUUGGUAAGUCACUCGGCCACCAAACGCUAUUCAACAAUCGAUAUGUCAACGACACACUCGGGUACUUCUUCCACACACUCAUCAUGGCACCGUUCUUUGCAUGGAAAGCGAGCCACAAUGCGCAUCAUAGAACGGUCGCAUCGAUUGAACGCGACGAGAACUACGUGCCCUACGAACGUAGCGAUUAUCCGCUCCCUCCCAAGGAGAAGGCCAAGUCUGUCGACUACUUGGAGGUGUUCGAUGAGACGCCUAUCUUGACGUUGGGACGAAUGCUCGUCAUGCAGGGAAUGGGCUGGUGGCUGUAUAUGACCAUAAAUGCUGCGGGCUCCAACCGAUAUCCAAAGGGAACGAAUCACUUCUCACCGUACUCUCCACUCUUCCGUCCCGACCAAAGACUUGGUAUACUCCUCUCCGACAUCGGCAUUCUUGGGAUGGGCUUGGUGUUGAGACGGGCGGCGAACCUAUAUGGAGCAUGGGCGGUCUUCAUGUACUAUUUCAUUCCCUACGUGCAGUGCGUCUACGUGUCUACAGUAAUGCUAACAUACCUGCACCAUUCCGACCCUACAAUCCCUCAUUACCGCAAAGACGAGUGGUCGUGGGUGCGUGGGGCCGCAGCUACUGUUGACCGCCCGCUCCUCGGAUGGGCCGGCAGGUUCUUCCUGCACAACGUUUCUCAUGACCAUGUUGCCCACCACUUCUUCUCCUACGCCCCGUUCUACCACCAACCGGAGAUAACUAGAUGCGUGCGCAAGGUUCUAAAGGAUGACUACAACUACGAUUCGACGAACACGUUCUAUGCCCUCUACCGCUCGUUCACGCAGUGCAUCUACGUCGACGAUGACGAGUCAAUCGUGUUCUACAGGAACAAGUUCGGCGAGUCUGUCCGUGGUGUGGCGAAGGACAAGCUUCAGCAGGUCGACGAGAAUUGGAACCCGGAGGAGCAAGACAACGGGACUAAGGUGGUAGAGUGA